AUGUCUAAAACCUGCCAUGCACCGGGAUCAGGACAUAACUCGUGUAUGAAAUGCACCAACAGUGACAUUUCCAAACUGUGUAGCGUCAAAGAAGCUGAAAAAUGUAACAGAGAUAACCUAAAUAAUGGAAAGAGUGGAGAAUUUGAACCAUAUGAUGCAUUCAAUGCCGCACGUUAUUCUGCAGUGGCUUAUACAGAUCAUCCUACGGACUGUGCAGAUAAGAUUCUUCCAGGUUUACCUGAAGUUGUCGAGGUGAUAGGGCGGAGGUGUAAUUAUCUCAUUAAAUAUGAGGAGUGCUUUGCAUUUACAGCAGUAUCACAUCCAUUGAAAAAGAUCAUUCUGGCAUACCGAGGAACAGCAAGUCCGCUACAACUUAUUGAACAAAUCGUUACAAUUGUUAAAUUGAAAGUACCUGCUAAAGGUGGUGGUAAUGUUCAAGAGUACUUCAGUAACGCAAACGAUCAAAUUUAUCCAUGCGCUAAGUCAAGUAUAAAAGACUUAGUUAAUAAGUACCCAAAUUACCGAGUAGUUGUAACUGGGCAUUCUUUGGGUGGAGCUAUUGCGUCUAUAGCGUCAGCUCACCUGUCAUUUGACAACGUAAUUGACAAGGACAAAACAACACUUUAUACGUUUGGAAUGCCGAGAACUGGAGAUCGUUCCUACGCCAAAAAUCAUGAUAGACUUGUCCCAAAAAGCUGGCGGAUCGUGCAUUUUAGAGAUAUUGUGGCGCAGCUACCUCCGAUGACCCUUUCAUCUUUCAGUCCUUAUCAUCAUCAACGAGAGAUAUUCUAUGGAAAGGACAUGUCGGUGAUCAGUGAUUACAUUGAAUGUUUUAAGUAUGAAGAUCCAGAAUGUAAAAACAGCGUAUCGCCAUCAAUAUCGUCAAUUGAUUAUCACAUAAUUUACUACGGUAUACCCGUCGGAUCACACUGUGACGACAAGAUGAGUAGGCGACGUAAAAGGUCCGAUGCAGAUUCAGACAUGAGCCAUCUUUUCUCAAAUGAUACGUGCAAGCGGAUCAGAGUUGCCGACCUGCCAACAAGUGGUGCUGUGAUAUAUGUGCAUACAGUGAUGAGUAUCACAUAUGUAUUGAUAUUCCAUGUAGCAUUCCGACCUGUACAGUGCUAA